CGGUGUCUGUGUGAAGCCACUGAAGUAGUCAGUGAAGCUGGGGAGCGGGAGCGCGCGCGCACUUGUCGCUGCAGCCUCCACGUGCGGAUUAAUUCUUCACUCUGUGAGUGUGUGUUUUCGGAGUGUGUUGUUGUGCGUGUGCUUUUCUGUGAGAUCCGGAGCGCGCGCGGAGUGUGUCGGAGUUUCCCUGCUCGCGGAGUUGGUGGUGGAAGCCUGUGGCGUGUUCCCCCUUUAAAUCCAGCGGGAGAAUCACACACACAUACACACACGCACUCUCUCAGUCAGUCAGUCGCGCGCGCAGCGCAGAGAGCUCUGUGGAUGAUGAGCGCUGCUGGACCUGUAUGUGGUGAACUUGGCGGGGCUGUGGUGAGCUUGGGGGGCUCGAUUUGAUGGAACGAGGGAUGAUGGAGAGAGAGAGGACAUUUAUUUCCAGAUCCAUCUGAGGGCCUAAGGUGUCAUGGACAUCCGCCUGGAUCAAUGACUCAAAGCCUCCUCUCAUCCUGAGCCAGAACUUCUCUCAGAAGGCGUCAGAAAAGCUGACCUUGAUCCCAAAAAGACCAAAAAGAAACAACGCACGCCUUUCUUUCUGUUUGGAAUAAGGCCUUAUGACCAUGAUAUCCAGCACCUUAAGGACCUACCCCUUUUCGCUCAGGCUCCUCUGCCCUCUCCUUCUUCUACUUCUGCUGCUGCGGGUGGGAGGGCUCAAUGCUGCCCCUUCAGGCCCGGAGUCGGACACGUGCUCUACGUUGGUCCAGAACCGCUUCUUUGGCUUCUUCGUCUCUUCCUUCGUCUUUCCCAGCACGCCCUGCUCGUGGACCCUGCAGAACCCGGACCCUAGGCGCUACACCAUUUUCAUCAAGACCACCAAGCCUACCGAGGGCUGUGUGCCCCGGCAGCACCGCACCUUCCAGUACGACUCCUUCUUGGAGACCACCCGCACCUACCUUGGCAUGGAAAGCUUUGACGAGGUGGUCAAGUUGUGCGACGCCUCCACCCACAUGGCCUUUCUAGAAGCAGGGAAGCAGUUCCUGCAGAUCCGCAAGGGCCCGCCCAGGUUGGGUUCGGGUCACGCGGAGGGGAACGGGGAGUUUAAAGUGGAGUAUUUGGUGGUGGGCAAGCGGAACCCCAGCAUGGCCGCCUGCCAGAUGCUGUGCCAGUGGCUGGAGGACUGCCUGACCUACAGCACGCCCAGCCGGCCCUGCGGAAUCAUGCAGACUCCCUGCCAGUGCUGGGAUCCUCCUGCUCCCGACAACGAGGCAAAUGGAUGCUACAGAGAUGGAGUCUACCUGGAGAACUGCCUACCGGCUGUGAAAGGAACAGCCCCUGACUCCGACACCAAUGGAGGCUGGAGCAGUUGGGGUAACUGGAUGGAGUGCAGCAGUGAGUGUGGGGGUGGAGUACAGACGCGCACACGAGUGUGUAACUCACCACCGGACGAAGCGUACAUGUGUGAUGGAGUGCUGGAGGAGGGCCGGCCCUGUAACUCCCAGCCCUGCAUAGUAAAACAACAGACACCUCUGCCCACAGGAAAAGGCCGACACGGCACCCGUAGCCAGUCUCUGAGAUCAGUGGACAGCCGCAAGCGAGACGACGUGGACAAGGGCCGUGCAGCACAGCAGUCUUCACAAACAGACUCUCCGUCAGGUGAGGAGUGGUCCCCGUGGAGCGUGUGUUCGGCCACAUGCGGCGAGGGCUGGCAGAGUCGCACGCGGUUCUGCGUGUCCGUCUCGUACAGCACGCAGUGCAGCGGGCCCCUGCGCGAGCAGAGACCCUGCAACAACACCGCCGUGUGUCCAGCCGCUCUGAUUGCAGUGCACGGUGCGUGGGACGAGUGGUCUCCAUGGAGCCUGUGCUCCUCCACCUGUGGCCGGGGCUACAGGGACCGCACGCGCACGUGCAAGCCGCCGCAGUUCGGGGGAGACGCCUGCGUGGGCCCCGAGAAACAGACCAAAUUCUGCAACAUCGCCGUCUGCCCAGUGGACGGUGUGUGGAACGAUUGGUCCAGCUGGAGCUCUUGUUCAGCGUCCUGUUCGAACGGCACAAUGCAGCGAACCCGCGAGUGUAACGGCCCAUCGUACGGCGGCUCCGAGUGCCAGGGGGAGUGGCUGCAGAUGCGGGACUGCUUCCUGAGGGAGUGUCCUGUGGACGGGCAGUGGCAGCAGUGGAGUGCCUGGUCCAGCUGUACGAUAACGUGUGGGGGAGGGAGUCAGCAGAGGCACAGAGUGUGUUACGGGCCGUUCUUUGGAGGAGAGUCGUGCCCGGGAGACCGGGAGGAAGUGCGGCACUGUAACGAGAAGAGAUGCCCAGAGCCCCACGAGAUCUGUGACGAGGAGAACUUCUCUAAUGUGGUCUGGAAGAGAACGCCUGCUGGAGACACAGCAGCUGUACGCUGCCCACCCAAUGCUGUGGGUCUAAUUCUUCGCCGCUGCUCUCUGGAUGACGAGGGCAUUGCCUUCUGGGAGAAUCCCACCUACAUGAAGUGCAUCUCAAACGACUACCGCAGCAUCCAGACCCUGACCCGAGACCACCUGUCGAAAGCUCAGAGGGGGCUUGUGGGGGAUGGAGUUUCUGAGGUAAUGACCAAGCUGAGGGUGACCUCCAGUGACGGCACCAGCUACAGCGGAGACCUGCUGGCUAUCGUCGACGUCCUGAAGAACAUGACAGAAAUCUUCAGGAGGUCCUACUAUAGCCCCAGCAGUGCAGAUAUGAAGAACUUCGUUCAGUCCAUCAGUAAUCUCCUGAUGGAGGAGAACAGAGAGCGAUGGGAAGAAGCACAACUGCUGGGGCCUAAUGUUAAGGAGCUCUUUCGUCUGGUGGAGGACUUUGUGGACGUUAUCAGCCUCAGAAUGAAGGACUUUCAGGACACCUACGAGGUCACAGACAAUCUUGUGUUAAGUAUUCACAAGCGGCCCGUGGCGGGCACUGCUGACAUCAGCUUUCCCAUGAAGGGGUGGAGGGGCAUGGUGGACUGGGCCCGAAACUCUGAGGACAGAGUCACCAUCUCGAAGAACAUUGUUGCUUCAGGCAACCCAGAUGAAGACGAGGCGUCCGCAUUUGUGACUGGCAUAGUCCUGUACCGUAACUUAGGAAGCAUCCUGUCUCUUCAAAGAAACAGCACAGUGCUGAACUCCAAGGUGAUCUCUGUGACAAUCAGGCCCACGCCCGGCUCCCUCUCGGCCCCAGUGGAGAUCGAGUUCUCGCACCUUUACAACGGCACGACCAACCAAACCUGCAUUUCGUGGGACGAGAGUGACAGCUCCUCUCUGCUGGGCUCGUGGUCUGGCCGCGCCUGCAGAGCCGUGCCCAUCGACUCGUCCAGGACCAGAUGUGUGUGUGACAGACUGUCCACCUUCGCCAUUUUAGCGCGCCUCAGCCUCGACGCGAGCAUGGACCCGUCCAAGACGCUGCUGCCGUCCGUGACGCUCAUCGUGGGCUGCGGGGUCUCCUCUCUCACCCUCCUGCUGCUCAUCAUCAUCUAUGUGUCGGUGUGGAGAUACAUCCGAUCUGAACGCUCCGUCAUCCUCAUCAACUUCUGCCUGUCCAUCAUCUCCUCUAAUGCUCUCAUCCUCAUCGGCCAGACUCAGACUCGCAACAAGGUUCUGUGCACUCUGGUUGCAGCUUUUCUGCACUUCUUCUUUCUCUCCUCCUUCUGCUGGGUUCUGACGGAGGCCUGGCAGUCCUACAUGGCUGUGACAGGGCGAUUAAGAAACCGCAUCAUUCGCAAGCGCUUCCUCUGUCUGGGCUGGGGCUUACCUGCUCUGGUUGUGGCCAUCUCUGUUGGGUUUACCAAGGCGAAGGGAUACGGCACAGUUAACUACUGCUGGCUGUCGCUGGAAGGAGGACUGUUGUACGCCUUUGUGGGACCAGCUGCAGCUGUAGUUUUGGUUAACAUGGUUAUCGGCAUUCUGGUUUUUAACAAACUGGUGUCCAAAGACGGCAUUACUGAUAUGAAACUGAAGGAGAGGGCAGGUCAGAUGACAGUGCCACUGUACAAUAUGACGCUCAAAUGUGCCAAGUGCGGAGUUAUCUCGUCGGCUGACCUUUCCACCACAGCUACCAGUAACGCCAUGGCGUCGCUGUGGAGCUCCUGUGUGGUUCUGCCGCUGCUGGCUCUCACCUGGAUGUCUGCAGUGUUGGCGAUCACUGACCGGCGCUCGGCCCUGUUUCAGAUCCUCUUCGCCGUCUUCGACUCUCUGGAGGGCUUCGUCAUCGUGAUGGUGCACUGCAUCCUCCGCAGAGAGGUUCAAGAAGCAGUGAAGUGUCGAGUUGUCGAUCGGCAGGAAGAUGGUAACGGGGACUCGGGUGGAUCUUUCCAGAAUGGUCAUGCUCAGCUAAUGACUGAUUUUGAGAAGGACGUGGACAUGGCGUGUAGAUCAGGCACUAUGAAGCGCUCCUCUCUCCAGGGAGAAGAGAAGUUGACUCCUCAGCAGCUCACUUUGCAGAAGGGCUCCAACUUCAACACCAUGCCUGCCAGCAUGGCCAAAGUGCACCUGCAGAACGUGGCAGACUACGCCAGCCAUACGCUCACGCUGCGGCGCGACAAGGGCACCAUCGCGGGCGUCAGCACCGAGCUGCCCGGAGCCAAGUCCAUCUACAUCUGCGACGGCGAGCUGUUCAAGCAGCUGGAUGGAGACCUCAGCCGAGGCCCCGGGGACAGCGGCGCAGGGCCCGACGGAGGAGGGGGAGGAGUGGGUCAGGGUUACGUCAUCCUUCCCAACAACAACAACACCCUCAGGCCAGCCAAGGGCAGCAAGGAGGACCAGGCCUCCAAGUAUAGCAUCGGCAUCGAGCAGCUGCCCCAGACCAGGCUCAUUCAUCUGACCAACCCCACCGGCACAGAACCUGUGCCAGGUUUUGGUCUGAAGACCCUCCCCUCAGAGCGGGUCAGUGUGUCCUGCACAGACAAGGAGUCCCCCGUGCAGACCAUCCAGAACAUGUCCAGCGAGGCUCAGAUGACCGGCAGUGCAUGCGAACCGGGGGACUCUGGGAAUUCAGGCAUGAUGUUGAAAAGCGAGACCGUCUCUACACUGUCCAUGAGCUCCCUCGAGAGACGAAAAUCGCGCUACGCAGAGUUGGACUUUGAGAAGAUCAUGCACACACGGAAGCGCCACCAGGACAUGUUCCAGGACCUCAACAGGAAGCUGCAGCAUGCAGAGAAGGACAGGGAGUCUCCACCGGUCGAUAACAAGCCUGGGAAGAGGUGGAGCGUAUCGUCAGGAGGCAGCGACAAAACCAACCUUAGUGACAAGCAGCAGACUCCCAGUAAGAGGGCCUGGGAGGCCAUCAGGAAGACGCACUCUCCGCCGUCGUGGGUCCGGAAGGAGCUGGAGCCGCUGCAGGCGUCUCCGCUGGAGCUGCAGGCGGUGGAGUGGGAGAAGGCCAGCGCCACCAUCCCUCUGGUGGGCCAGGAGAUCAUGGACCUGCAGACUGAGGUCUGAGAGACCUCCAGCACUGCAAAUCGGUUUGGAACUAAAAAACAAAAAAACUCCACUGGCAGGGAAGAGAAAGACGUGUGAGCGAGCGAGUGAGCGAGCGAGGGGGACGAGAAAUAAACAAAAAAGAAGAAGAAGAAGGAAUCCGGCGUCAAUUUUUUCAGCGUGUACAAUUUGUUUUCUUUCCAUGCUGGAAUGGCCUUUCCCUUAAUGUCAAAGGGAAUCGUAACACUUGGGUCUGAACACGUUGCUGUGGAGACGACCUGACGUUACCCACAUCUGUGGCAUCCGGGGAGUUUUGUGGUGACCCUCUUUGGCAUUCUGGGACUUCGGUGCGGUGCGGGAGCACGGGGAGCGACUGUCUAAGCAAAGCAGGAGAGCAGAAAUUCAGGCUGUGGGCUGGAGGAGCCUGAGUUGUGUGGCCUUCAGUUUCUUACACUCUUCUCGGACACAUAGACACGAACGCGUACGUACAAACUGACAAAAAAUAUUUUCCACCGUCCUGUAGGUAAGAUAAGAAAGAUUUUGGACUUAAAGCUACACUUGAAGCCUUCAAAUCGUCAAGCAAAGGCCUGGAGAGCCACACUGGGAAACCUUGUUACUCAAAGUCGAAAACGUCAUCAAGCUUCUUCUAACGGAUUCGAGUGAUGAGUUGUUGUUCUUAUUAUUACUAUUAUUACAUGUGCCACAAAAGCAAAUGUCUAUGCUGCUUCAGCUGUGGUGGGUGGUGACGGUGGUGGGGUCUCCGCUACCCGAGUACAGAGGCCAAAGCCAUCCGCAUACGACUGUUAGUGUUGUUAAUGUUGACGAAUGAGCGAAAGAAGUGAAAGAAACGAAAGAAGAGAAAGGUUUUGGAGUAUUGGACCACACAACAACCCUACUGAGCCAAAACCGCCAUGUCCGUGCCCCCCAUAGCCCAGAAUCAGCGAGCGAGCCAUCCACCAUACCUAUGUUAACCACCAAUGAAUGCUUCAGACAACAUCUACAACAUCUGUGAGGGGCCUCGAUUUAACCGAAAGACUCUCUCUCUCUCUGUCUUAUGGAGUAUCCUCAUUGGGUGACCUUCAUUCAACCACAUUCAGGUUCUAAAGAGGAUGGGGCAUGCCCUGCUGGAUCAGAAAGGAAACCCCACCCUUGGUUGUGGAUGUGCUGCGUUGCCCGUGGCACGAAAAGCGAAAAGGACGACUUAGUCGUAAAGAAUUCGUAAAGAAGGACUGUUUGUAAGCUUACGUCUACGGCGACGCCUUCUCUGACGCGCUCCUCAGAACUGUGGUGGAGGUGCCGAUCACAGAUCACACAGAGCAAAGUGCAAGUGAGCCGACUUCAAGCGGCUCUUAGAGAGUAUAUGUAACAUGUAUAGAAUUAUAUGUCUGAAAGUGCAAGGAAACAAAGGGAAUAAAUACAUUAUAUACAUAUAUGAAUAUAUAUGACUAAAUCUUAUAGAUAGAUCAACAGAGAAGGUAUAUGAAUCUGCGGAGAGGUGGGUUUGCGUAUAUAAACGUGGUCGGUCGACGGUCUCAUACAGAGAAAGCACAAGGCUCACUCCUCAGAGUCCUGUUGUACAGCAUUGUAAUUAUUUCCAAAAAGAGUUCUACAGAAUGAAUUUUAGCCUAUAAAUAUCUUUCUUACUGUGCUUGGGGAAUAUUGUUAUUCUUAUUAUGAAAACCACUGCGAUUAUGAGCUCCCCAGAUCUUGUCAGGUUACUGGACUAUAUGAGUGUUCUGUAACUCCAUGUAACAGUGUGUGUUUUAAUAUCACUGACUGUCACUCCAGAAAAAAAAAAAAAAUCUGUACUUCGUCCGACCUCUCCAUCCCCGCCACCCUUCCACGCUCCCUUUUUUAGUUAAUCGGGUUCUUUGUUAAUGUACAGUUUUCAGAGCACAAGAUGAAUGUGUCAUAUUUCUAAUAAAAAAUGCCUAUAUA